CUAAGGGCGGAGGAAGCGGGUCGGUUGGUCGGUCGGGAACGAGGCUCCGGCGGCCGGGCCCGCGCAGAGCCGUUGCCAUGGCAGCCGCCGCCGGGGGCGCGGACGACGAGCCGCGCUCGGGCCGUUCGAGCUCGGACGGGGAGUGCGCCGUGGCGCCGGAGCCGCUGACGGGCCCCGAGGGUCUCUUCUCCUUCGCGGACUUCGGGUCCGCCCUGGGCGGCGGCGCGGGCCUCCCCGGACGGGCGUCUGGCGGGGCCCAGUCCCCGCUGCGCUACCUGCACGUCCUGUGGCAGCAGGAUGCGGAGCCCCGCGAUGAGCUGCGCUGUAAGAUCCCUGCCGGCCGGCUGAGACGCGCCGCCAGGCCCCACCGCCGACUCGGGCCCACGGGCAAGGAGGUGCACGCCCUCAAGAGGCUGAGGGACUCGGCCAAUGCCAACGACGUGGAAACAGUGCAGCAGCUGCUGGAAGAUGGCGCGGAUCCCUGUGCAGCUGAUGACAAGGGCCGCACAGCUCUACACUUUGCCUCCUGCAAUGGCAAUGACCAGAUCGUGCAGCUGCUCCUGGACCACGGAGCUGAUCCCAACCAGCGGGAUGGGCUGGGGAACACGCCGCUGCACCUGGCGGCCUGCACCAACCACGUCCCUGUCAUCACCACGCUGCUGCGAGGAGGGGCCCGCGUGGAUGCCCUGGACCGAGCUGGCCGCACGCCCCUGCACCUGGCCAAGUCCAAGCUGAACAUCCUGCAGGAGGGCCACUCCCAGUGCCUGGAGGCCGUGCGGCUGGAGGUGAAGCAGAUCAUCCAGAUGCUGAGGGAGUACCUGGAGCGCCUGGGGCGGCACGAGCAGCGGGAGCGGCUGGACGACCUCUGCACCCGCCUCCAGAUGACCAGCACCAAAGAGCAGGUGGAUGAGGUGACCGACCUCCUGGCCAGCUUCACAUCCCUCAGCCUGCAGAUGCAGAACCUGGAGAAGAGGUAGCGAGAGAGGCCCCCUGCCUUCCUGCUCGGCCGCCGCUGCCCCACCCCUGCCCCCGCUGCUCGCUCAUUACAGAGGAAAAGCCCAAACCUGGGACCUUGGAGCUGCCCGCUGUCUGGUGAGGCCCUUGCCCCCAGAUGCCGUGGGGCGGAGAUGCGCUCUCACAGGGGCUCAGUGACAUCAGCGCCACUCGCGGCCACGGUGGUCUCCGUCAUCUCUGCGGGCCGGGACCGCAGCUCCCCACUUCCUCCUCCGCUCCCGCAGCACCGCAGCCACACAGCUCUGGCCGCCACGCACUGUCCUAGCAGGCCUCACGCGUCUCGUGGGCCCCCUCCCCCGGCCCCCUCGGCAGGCCCCAGAGCCGCCUCUGUGUCCCUUCCGGCCGCCGGCAUGUGGCAGCCAGCCAGCACGGUGUGGCACCCUCGGGGGCUUCUUGGCUGGCCCUGCAUCUCUCACCAGCACUUAGAUUUAGACUGACUUGUCACCUGACUCAAGGAGACGUUGCCGUGAGUUUCUCCGGAUGGCAGGGAGGGUGGGUGAAGCCUAGAGCCUAGAAAUACGAGGUUUGGAAGGACCCCAAGGCACAGAAGCCCCCCGCCUUCUUCUCCCAAUCCUUGAAAUACCAGGAGGGCCUAGCGGUUCGAUCUGCGGCCUGGUUGUGUGGGCCGCAAAGAGGCCCCUGGGGAGCUGGCCGCGUUCUCAUCCCAGGGACCUGUGAACGUGACUUUAUGGGGCAAGAGGGACUUUGCAGAUGUAAUUAAAUGCAUGAUCUUUGGACAAGGCGACUCUCCUGGGUUACCUAGGAGGGCUUGAUGCAAUCACAGGGACCCCUCGGCGAGGAAAGCAGGAGGGAGGAGAGGAGGGAGGGGACCCAGCCGGAAGGGGUCAGAGGAGGAACGCAGGCGCCCACAGAAGCUAGAAAAGGCAAGGACAUGAGAUUCUCCCCUCAGCUCUCCCUGAGGGGACCAGCCCUACUGACCCUUGGACUUCAGCCCAGUGAGUCUGAGUUUUAGAAUUGUGACCGCCAGAACUGAAAGAAUAAAUCUGUGUUGUUUUAAGCCA